AUAAGUUCCUGUGAGUCCAAGAUUUUUUCACGGCCCAAGACCGACUCUUCCGACGAGGAUCUCAGUGAUAAGGAACCCAUCGUCCGAACGCAUGCAGUCCAACAACAUCGCAUCGUUGGAUGUCGUCAGGGCUGCUAAUGUCCAAGAAGAUCCUGACCUGGAACAAUCCGAAUCGCAAGCCGAUGGCGGGUCCUACGCCAUGAUGUCGAGUCCAUCUGCAAGCAGCCUGCGCGUUCGACCACCGUCGCGAGGAUUUGCUACUGGCGGGUCCAACCAUCGUGCCAAACGAUCAGGCAAUAGCUCCAACUCGUCGUCGUUUGGACCUUCGAAAGAACGCGGUGGUGGACCUGUCGUGACUGAACUCCAGGACUGCAUCAUGUAUUCAGGUCAUGGUGGUGCGGGGUUUUCUUCGGAGAAAGGCGACAAAGAUACCAAGGACACGCUUCGUGCGUCGUACCAUGACCUCAGUGUGCCCACCGUCACAAUCCCCGAGACGCAACGGUACACGUUCGCGAUUGUGCUGCGGAAUCGGUACCAGGUCAAGGACAUCUUGCGCGAGCGCUUUCCCGGAAAGGCCAUGAAGGCGACGCGGCACCGCUUAGCCGACCAGGUGGCCGCCAUGCAUUUGAAGUGCUUGCGCCGGCUCGUCCAAGCCGGCCUCGGCGUCAUCUUGCUCGACAACGACAACAGCAUCCCCCACGAGAAUCAAAAGUACAACCAGACCAACAACAUCUGCGUCCUCAUCGAUCCGUACAAGGACAGCGACUUGCUCCUCCAAGAGUUCAAGCGGGAAAAGGACGAACUGGCGAUCAAGAGAGGCCAAGCGAACGCGCGAUUGGGCAUGGACACGAUCGAAAGCGUGAAAAAUAUUUGCUUUUCCCCGGCGCUUGAGCUCCAACUGACGCACAACAUUAUCCACAACGCGUUUCGCGACUGCGACAAGGACGACUGGGGCAUCGAACACCAGCAAGAGCUGACGUGCUGGGACGUGGUGGACACGUGCUUUCCGCUACACGACCGCGUAUUCAACAACGCGUUCUUUGCAGAGUACCGCAACAAAACGUUCGACUUUCGCGUGAGCAAGGCCACCACGGGCAACUCUGAGCGAUGGGCUAUCGAAGAAUUGCGGCUGCAUUUCGGCGAACGCGUGGCCUUCUUGUUUGCUUUCAUGCACAUUUACAGCAAAAUGCUGGGGCCGCUCACGGUCGUGUGCGUGCUCUACUAUGUCGGAUUCCGUUUUGUACAGGGGUAUGUGUGGAACUACUAUUUGCUGGGACUGGCGGUGCUUGGGUUUGGCGUCGUGAGCUUGUGGGCGCCUGCGAUGCUGCUCGUGUGGGAGCGCGAGACGCGAACGUUGACGGAGAAGUGGAACCUGCAAAACUACAAGGACACGAUCUUCGAAAGGAACGACGAGAACCCCAAGUUUGAGUACGUCUGGGCCAAGAACGAGCUCACCCACGAGAUGGAAAAGCAGCCCAAGAAGUCCAAGAAGCGCCUGAUCCGAGUCACGAUGCUCUUCUUCGUCGCGCUCAGUUCGAUCGUGCAGUGUAUCAUCCUCAUGCCGUUCCUCCAGUGGUACGUGUGGUCCAAGUUGGCGCCUACGUGCGACAGCGACCGAUGCAAAGAGAUUGGGUGCCUCCAGUUCCUCAACUGUUUUGCAUCGGCCACGUCCACAGUGGGCACGGAUCGCUGGGCGUACAUUCUGUGCCAGGGCGUGAUCUUGGGGUUGUUGAUCGACACGGUGUUUUACGAGUUUUUCAAUUGGUUUUCGUCCAAGUUUGUGCAAUGGGAAAACAUCCGCAAGAAAUCCGACUACGAAAACCGGCUAAUCCACCGCAAGUUUGUGUUUGUGUGGAGCAACUGGUUCUUCUGGUUCCUGACACUGGCGUUCCUGUACCUGCCCUACGGCGGCCGUGUCCAGGACGUGUAUCGGUUCCUUGGGAUGGAGUGGGCAAUCGUGUACAAGUGGAACCCGACGCUGCUGACACUCGACACGCUCUUUGUGACCCCGCUGGUCGUCACGCAGCUGCUCAAUAUGGUGCUCGAGACGUGGCUGCCGUACGCCAUUCGCGUCGUGAAAGGCAAGCCCAUGAGCUGCCGCAACUGGACUUCUACGUGGAUGGCCAGCUUUGACUGCAUCAAGCGACGAAAGGCCCGGAAGCGCAAGCAUCGCAUGGACACCAACAUGGCGGCGCACAAGCUGGCGGACGACGUCUCCCGCACCACGCGCUUCUUCGUGCCCGUCUUGGGCUACUCGGACGACUCGAACGAGUACACGGCGUACCAGAUAUUGGCCGAGUCGAAGCUGCCUAUUUUUGACACGAGCUCCGACUACUUGGACGCGUGCAUUCAGUUUUCGUAUAUCCUCAUGUUCACCGUGGUAUGGCCGCUGCUGCCGUUCCCAGCCUUUUGCAACAACGUGUUGGAGGUUCGAGGUGACGCAUUUCGGUUGCUGUUUGGCCACCGUCGGCCCAUGCCCCGCCGCGAUGUAUCGAUUGGCGAGUGGGCGACCGUGCUGCAUUACGCCAACGUGAUGGCCAUCACAAUCGUGUCGGCGCUCCUCGUCAUGUACCACUUUGGAGCGUACGCGAGUCUGAACGAUGGCAAUUACUGCGACUUUAUGUUUGCAGAUGCGUCCAUGGUGCCGUUCCAAAGCAUCGACUUCCGCGUCGCGCGGUCCAGCGCCAAGUGUCUAGGCAUGCGGGACCAACCAUGGUUCAAGCACCAAGUGCUCAUCUUCAUUGCGUUGGAGCACAUUGGGUUUGGCUUUCGGUAUCGCCAACUAGUAGUACCAUUAGUACUAAUACCAGGAUUAGGUACCUCGUGCUGCAAAUGGACAAGACGCCAACGUCGAUUUCCAACCCGUCGUACCUUCGUCUCAAGCAAAUCCGCGAGCUAACGUCUCAGCGCACGGCGCACUCUGGCGUGUUCAAUUACAUUGGCGAACUUCGGCUGAUAUUUGACAAGUACGACGUUGAUCGGACCGACCACCUCGGCGAGCGUGACCUGGUGCUGUUUCUGGCCGAGUGGAUGUCGAAGGACCCGGCGGAGCUGCAGAAACGGUCGAGUCUCGUGUUUCGAUACAUGGACAAGAACAAGGUGGGCAAAGUGCCCUUCUCCACGUGCUGUCUCAUGCUCCAACAUGCGCAUCUGGACCGGUUCUUCUCGGCGCUGCUCGGUAUUUACGACCACUUGGACGACCAUCGCAAUCAAGAAGUGCGAUUGAACUGCGAUGAUCCAAUGCGCAUUCGACGGGUGCUGCGGGCGCAGUCGCUCGAAGACCACCACCGCGAAAACCACCCAACCCACGACGAUAGUAGUAAUAUUCGUUUGACCCCCAUGGCCGUCGCCAGCAUCUAGCCUACCCAACCCUAUCCAAGUGGCUGCAUUUGAAUAUAUAUAUAUAUAUCAUAUACUUGAAG